UCCAGCUACGACGGGUUGGGACCCGCAGCAAAGCACGAUCGACCCGCGGCUCUUAACCGUUCAACAGCCCGUAGUUGACUUCCCAGUUGAGGAUCCGUUCCCCAGCAACUCCUCCUAUGUUGGCGUCUCAGACACAGAUCAGCAGUACCUGUAUCCGCCGGCUUCAGGGGUUCCAAGUCUUGCCGCAGGCGUGUAGCUGCCUCACCACAGAGACAUGGACACCUCUUAUGCCCCAAAUACGGUCGUUGACGCCGAGCUUGACUCUCAGUUUUCCCACCUCACCAUGGAUUCAUCACAGGUUGAUCCAAACAUCAACCACUCCGCGCCCUGGCUUGAUCAGACCACAACCUUCUCUCCAAAUCCUGGAGCUGGAGACUUAGGCCCGCAGUACCUUCCCGAUAACACACUGGCAUCUCCAAUGAGCGCCCAACAGACCUCCACCGAUCCCUAUCCAUACCACCUCGACAGCGCAUCCUACCACAUCUACCAUCCGCCGGAUGACAGCGCCGCGCAGGCUGGACCAUCUUCAUCAUUUUCCAAUGCUACGGCUGCAGACUAUCCCUUCAUCUGCGACCAAGACGGAUGCAACAAAGGCUUCGAGCGUCAGUGCGACCUGACCAAGCAUAAAAACAAUCACUCGAAGCGCCGAAAGUGCAAGUACUGCGACGCGGGCGGAGCCGAAACCAAGGACCUCAACCGCCACAUGUGGACGCACCAUCCCGAUCUGGCGCGUGAGUUGGGAGUGCCCAGGGAGCUGGACCGAUGCUCCAAGUGCGGAUAUGCGGCGCGGAAGGACAAUGUGAAGCGGCACAAGGACAAGAAGGGCCAUUGGUGAUGGCACCUCCUCUCUCAGCUCUACUA